AUAGUCCAUAAACUCAUAUGGAUGUUCCUCUCUCCUCUGUAAGCACUUUCCCGUUUCCAUUUCUCUGUUUUUCCAUAAACACGGCUUCUCGUAGACUCUUUUUCCUCUGCAUUGGACAUCCAUUUUGAAGUCUUCUUCUUUCGUCGUUUAACUUCCUUAGCUAUGUUCUUCCACAAGGUUUUGUCCCGUUUCUCCACCUCUGCUUCUCGAAGCUCACUUCACUCUGCUUCUCGAAGAUGCCAACACCUACCCAUCUUCACCAAUCAAUUGAUUCCAGUUCAAGUCAAAUUAUUACCACCAGCGAUAAAUUCAUUAUCAACUCAAAGACUUGGGUUUUCUUCAUUAUCUUCAACUGAAACUAAUGACAAAGAAAAAGGGAAUAAUGUACAAAAUGGAGAUUCUGCAAAUGAUGACCCUGCAAAAGCAAACGAAGAGGUGAAGAAUAUUGAUCAAGCUGGACAAACUGAACCUGGAGAUAAAACAGAGAAAUCAGGUUCUAGUUCAGAUUCUCAAUCUCAGACUGUCAAAAGAAGAAGUGGAGGUAUUAAACGAACUGCAUUUUCUGAUUCUGAUUCAGAUUCAGAGAGUGAAUGUGAUCUAUCCAGGGAUGAUUUGAUUAAACUAGUAGCGGAGAAGGAGGAACUUGUGCAGUUAAAGCACAAAGAGAUUGAAAAGAUGAAGGACAAAGUUUUGCGGACGUAUGCAGAGAUGGAGAAUGUCAUGGAAAGGACUAGACGUGAAGCAGAUAAUUCAAAAAAAUUUGCCAUACAGAGUUUUGCAAAGAGUUUACUAGAUGUUGCGGACAAUUUGGGAAGAGCUUCCUCUGUGGUAAAGGAGAGUUUUUCAAAAAUUGAUACAUCAAGUGACUCUUCUGAAGCUGUAAAACUGCUGAAAACCCUUCUGCAAGGGGUUGAAAUGACUGAGAAACAACUAUCAGAGGUACUUAAAAAGUUUGGUGUUGAAAAGUUUGAUCCUACAAAUGAGCCCUUUGAUCCACACAGGCAUAAUGCCAUCUUCCAAAUCCCUGAUGGUUCCAAGCCUCCAGGAACUGUUGCAGUUGUUCUGAAGGCAGGAUAUAUGCUUUAUGAUCGUGUUAUUCGCCCUGCGGAAGUUGGUGUAACUCAAGCGGUUGAGAAUGAUGGAAAAGAUAGCAUAGCUGAAAAAGGGUCAUAGGAGAAAGAUUCCUGAGUUGAUUCUAUUGGGUAUUGUUUCACUUAAAUAUGUAUCUUCAGAAGCACUAUCAUGUGCACUCCUUGGCACUACUAGUUCUAUUUUCCUUGCCUUUUCCCAGCAUGCAACACACUAUUCUUUUCAACUGAUCUUAUAUCUAGAGAGUAACAUGAUAGCAUAAGAUGGGUUUGCAUCCAUCAGUUUUUGAUUGUAUCGAUGCUGUUUAUACUGAGUCAUUAUAGUAAAAUCUUUGGUAGGGGGCAUGCGCGUGUCUUACACACUUUACUAGUUCUAGUCCCCUUUUUUUAAGAUCACAAUUGAUGCAAUGUAGCACACCAAUUUUAUAAAUAAAUAGUGAUGGGGCUUUUAAAAUGUGAGAAAUCGAGUUUGUAAAUUAGAGUUAUUACUUAGAAAGUAUCUGUCGCCAAAAAGGGGCAGGAGAAAUGGUGGCAGUAUAUUAUAUAUUAUCCGACAUUUAUUUAACACAUUUUAUUAUGUGUAUAAAUUUUGUUAAUCAG